GCCGGAUGGAGACUCUGUUUGCAUUUUUUUAUUUAAAGAAAGAGUUUCAUUGUUCUGUACAUUCUUUUCAUUAAAUUCAGUGGCAUUCUUGGCCUUGCAACCUUCAGAAGUAAAGAGCCAACAAGAUAAGCUCUAUAUUUGUCUGUCUUUAGUCUUGUCCUGGCUUUUUGAGUUUUGAGAUCUCCUCCCUCCUGAUGAUACAUCAAGUUAGUUAGAGAACUAUGAUUUGUUAACAGAUGAUCACUGCAUUUUCUGUUUUUCCACUCUGCUGAAAGCAAAAAUCUUCUUCUGGGUCAAAGCUUGGGUUAACUCUGUUGUUGAUAUGGGUGUUUUCCACUUUCUGUAAGUUGAGUUCAGUCAUAUUUGUGUUGUCAAUGGCUAAUGUUGUUGUAAACCAGGAGGGGGUGCCAGAAAACUUAAGGAAACAGCUUGCAGUGGCUGUAAGGAGCAUCCAGUGGAGCUAUGCUAUUUUCUGGUCGUUAUCAGCUACACAACAAGGGGUACUUCAAUGGGGUGAAGGGUACUAUAAUGGAGACAUCAAGACUAGGAAGACUGUUCAAGUAAUGGAGCUCAAAGCUGAUAAAAUAGGUCUACAGAGGAGUGAGCAACUGCGAGAGCUUUAUGAAUCUCUGCUGGAAGGUGAAAUUGACCAAACUAAGAGGCCUUCUGCUGCAUUAUCUCCAGAGGAUCUGUCUGAUGCAGAGUGGUUUUACUUGGUUUGCAUGUCCUUUGUAUUCAAUCAUGGACAAGGCUUGCCAGGAAGAGCAUUAGCAAAUGGUGAAACCAUAUGGUUAUGUAAUGCUCAAUAUGCAGAUAGUAAAAUAUUCUCCCGCUCUUUGCUUGCAAAGAGUGCAUCUAUUCAGACUGUGGUUUGUUUCCCCUACCUUGGAGGUGUUAUUGAGCUGGGUGUAACUGAACUGGUUCCGGAGGACCCAAGUCUCCUUCAGCACAUUAAAGCUUCCUUGCUGGACUUCUCAAAGCCUGUUUGCUCUGAGAAAUCUUCCUCUGCUCCUCAUAAUGCAGAUGAUGACAGAGAUCCUGCAUGUGUCAGGGUCGACCAUGAGAUAGUGGAUUUGUUGGACUUAGAGAACCUCUAUUCCCCUACAGAAGAAAUCAAAUUUGAUCAGGAGAAGUUUAAUGAAUUACAUGAAAAUAUCAAUGAAAAUUUCAACGUCAGUUCCCCUGAUGAGUGUUCGAAUGGAUGUGAACAAAAUCAUCAGAUGGAAGACUCAUUCAUGCUUGAAGAUGUGAAUGGUGUUGCUUCUCAAGUUCAAAGUUGGCAUUUCAUGGAUGAUGACUUUAGCAAUGGUGUUCAAAUUUCCAUUAACUCAAGUGACUGUGUAUCUGAAGCUUUUGCAAAUCAAGAAAAAGCUGCUAUCUCUUCUCCCAAGCAGGGAAGUGUAAGCCAUUCUCAUUUUAAAGAACUCCAAGAAGGCAAUCACACAAAACUAAGCUCUUUGGAUCUUGGAGUUCGUGAUGACUUGCACUACAGAAGAACUCUUUCUGCUAUACUGGGAACUUCAAAUUGGUUGAUUGAAAGCCAAUGUUUUCAUACUUCUGGCUAUAAAUCUAGUUUUAUUAGUUGGAGGAAAGGAGAAAAGGCAAAUUUUCAUAGACCAAGGAUACAACAGAACAUAUUUAAAAAGAUUCUAUUUGCAGUUCCUCUAAUGCAUAGCGGCAGUUCUCUUAUGUCUCAGAAGGAAAAUGGUGGAAAACAUUGCCUUGGGAAAUUGGAAAAUGAUGAUGAUGAAAAAGGAUAUCUUUUACCAGAAAAAAGAAGAGAGGAAGAGAAGUUUCUGGUCCUCAGGUCAAUGGUUCCUUCUAUUAGUGAGAUUGACAAAGCAUCAAUUCUUAAGGAUACAAUCAAGUACUUGAAAGAGCUAGAAGCAAGGGUAGAAGAGUUGGAAUCUAGCAUGGACUCAGUGGACUUUGAGGCAAGACCUAGAAGGAAUUGCCUGGAUGCAAUGAAGCAGGCAUCAGAUAAUCAUGAAAACAGAAAGGUUGAAAAUGUCAAGAAGUCUUGGAUAAACAAGAGGAAGGCCUGUGACAUUGAUGAAAGCCACGAAACCGGCUCAGAACAAAGCAGGGUUAUUCCAAAAGAUGGCCUUACAUCAGAUGUGAAAGUAAGCAUAAAGGAACUGGAAGUCAUAAUUGAAAUAAGAUGUCCUUCCAGGGAAUUCUUGUUGCUGGAUAUCAUGGAUGCUAUAAACAACCUACACUUGGAUGCCCACACUGUUCAAUCAUCUACUCUCGAAGGUGUUGUCAUAGUAACCAUGAAAUCUAAGUUCCGAGGAGCAGCAAUUGCACCUGCAGGGAUGAUCAAACAAGCACUACAAAGAGUUGCAACCAGGUGAUGAGAAGCCACAUCAGAAGUAAUCAUCAACAAGUAUUUGUAGGAUUUCUCGAUUUAGUAGGCUGACUUUCUCGGUGUAGUAAAGGAAGAGGAACUGAUAUUCUUCCUGACAAGCAUUUCUUAUCAACCGUUGCAACCUUCCCUCCUAGCUAAUAGGCUCAAGUAGGAACUUGCCUAGUGGUAAAGAAGGCCAAAGCCUUCAAUAUAUUUCACCUAGUACCAGUUUAAAACCUUUUAGGUUUGAAUCUCAGUUGACAAAUUACUUUAUUUUA